AUGGAUGAAAAUGAAAGCAGCCAGUCCCUGAUGACAAGCAGCCAAUAUCCUAAAGAAGCAGUAAGAAAACGCCAGAAUUCAGCCCGGAGCUCUGUAGGAAGUGAUUCUUCUAGGCUCUCCAGGAAAAGUUUCAAACUGGAUUACAGACUAGAGGAAGAUGUAACUAAAUCAAAGAAAGGAAAGGAUGGCAGAUUUGUCAACCCAUGGCCAACUUGGAAAAAUCUGUCCAUUCCAAAUGUUCUCAGAUGGCUGAUAAUGGAAAAAGAUCACAGCAGUGUUCCAGGUUCCAAGGAGGAACUUGAUAAAGAGCUCCCAGUGCUGAAGCCGUAUUUUAUCGAUGACCCUGAGGAGGCUGGAGUGAGGGAGGCCGGCCUGAGGGUCACGUGGCUGGGACACGCCAUGGUGAUGGUGGAAAUGGACGAGCUCAUCUUCCUCACCGACCCCAUCUUCAGCUCUCGUGCUUCACCGUCGCAACACGUGGGUCCAAAGCGGUUCCGUCGUGCCCCCUGCACCGUCAGCCAGCUGCCCCCGAUAGACGCUGUCCUCAUCAGCCACAACCAUUACGACCACCUGGACUACAAUUCCGUCAUCGCUCUGAAUGAGCGAUUCGGUCAGGAGCUGAGAUGGUUCGUGCCGCUGGGUCUCCUUGACUGGAUGCAAAAGUGUGGCUGCGAGAACGUGAUCGAGCUGGACUGGUGGGAGGAGAAUUGUGUCCCCGGACACGAUAAGGUCACCUUUGUCUUUACCCCUUCCCAGCACUGGUGUAAAAGGACUCUCUUGGAUGACAGCAAGGUUCUGUGGGGCAGCUGGUCUGUCUUGGGGCCCUGGAGUCGGUUUUUUUUCGCAGGAGACACUGGCUAUUGCCCGGCUUUCGAGGAGAUAGGAAAAAGGUUUGGACCUUUUGACCUUGCCGCUAUUCCCAUCGGAGCGUAUGAACCAAGGUGGUUUAUGAAAUACCAACAUGUAGACCCAGAAGAAGCUGUAAGGAUUCACAUUGACGUUCAGACAAAGAAAUCUGUGGCAAUUCACUGGGGAACUUUUGCCUUAGCAAAUGAGCAUUACUUGGAGCCCCCAUUGAAGCUGAGUGAGGCUCUAGGAAGAUACGGACUUAAGACGGAAGAUUUUUUUGUCUUGAAGCAUGGAGAAUCCAGAUACCUCAAUACUGAUGAUGAAAACUCUGAAUAAAUGUGAGCACAGGAGCUGUUAGUGACAAAGGUACCCUCUAAGCUA